AUGCUGGAUGAAACCUGCUGGACGAAUAUCUGCACAAAAGGUUCUUACAUAACAGACGUGACAGACGCACACGGAUCCGCAGGUUUCUCCCGUUUCCCGUGAGGUUUUCCUCAUAUAGCAGUUUCCUGAUUCCCUGAGCAUCCAUCUGGCCCGGUCCAGGAACAUUUGGACCCUGCAAUGACCGUUGCUCAGAGUUUGGCUGAAAAAUAUAUGUUUUGCAUUUAGAAGCAUCGCCUACAUUUCCCACAGAUAUGGAGGAUAUUUAAUUAAAUUCAGCCAGCGACGGGUCACUCUGUGACGGGCCGUUCAUGCCAUGUUUGUUAGUGGUUUUGGCCCCGUUUCCCACGUUUAGGUGCGUGUGUCUGUAUGCCAGCCUGCGGUUGCUGGAACACGUGUGUGUGUGUCUGUGUGUGUCUGUGUGUGUGUGUGUGUGUGUGUGUGUGAGUGUGUGCUGUUUUUGGAAUGCAGAAAGGGGCAAGUCCGUUACUCGAUUCCCAAACCAAUAAACCAAUCCAGCAGCAGUGUGUGUGGGUGACAGUGAGAGUAUAAACACACCGGUGAGUAGACGGAUGACAGACACGAGAGACCAGCAUCACCAUCAACUGACUGAAGAACAAACCCAGACCUGAAGAGCCAUGAAGACUCUGAGCCUCCUGAGCGUCUGCGCUCUGCUGUCUGUCUGCGCUUCUAUGGGAGUGUACACAGAGCCAGACGCUGCAGAUGAACCUGCAGCCGAGGUGGUGCUUCCUCCCACCGGAGCUCCGGCUGAUUCCGACUCUUCCUCAGCAUCCUCAUCUUCCUCAGCAUCCUCAUCUUCCUCUGAGUCCGACUCCACAUCUGACUCCGUAUCCGACUCUGACUCUGCAUCCGACUCUGCAUCUGAUUCCGCAUCAGAUUCUGCCUCUUCCUCGUCUGAAUCCAACUCCGUCAGUGCUGAAGGAACUCCUGCCCCUCAUGUGCUGCUGAAGAGAGAUGUAGCAGCGUCCCUGCUGCGCCACCGGAGAGCUGGAGCUCCUGCAGCCAACCUGAGCCCUCAGCAGCUGGAGAGUUUGCAUGAGGUGUGUGAAGUGAAUCUGGCCUGUGAACACAUGGCUGAAACUGCAGGGAUCAUAGCGGCUUAUACGGCGUAUUAUGGACCAAUCCCAUACUAACACACACACACACACACACACACACACACACACUUUACAUUGACCUCUGAUGUCUUCAUCCUCAGAUAAUGAUACCCUCAUACAAACUUUCCUGCAUUUUUUUUUUCAAGACAUUUAGUGUAUUUUUAUGCCAGAAAAUGUAAUGUAGGUGAUUUCAGGUUUGGUUGUCCUUUCACUGGGAGAAAUCAGUAUAGAAAUAUCUUGAUUUUUCAUGUUUAUAUGCCAGUGAUUGAG